UAGUGCAAAAAUCACGACGUUGCAAGAAUUAAAGAACAGAGGAUCUAAUACAAUUGAGCUCAUGGUGAGUUAAUAGAGGGAAUUGAAAGCAUAAAAUUAAGGGAGAGGGAGGAAGAAGCAUGUGAUAUAUGAUGACAUGCGUUAGGCCACCCAUGCCAUUCACCUUUUCCUCGUAGACAUAGAUAGAGAGGUCCGGUCCGAGCCGGUCCAAUCCGGUCCGGUCCGGUGCGGGAGAGAUCGAGACAAAAUAUAUAAUCCUACAGAUCAGACUCCACUAUCUAUACCUAUCUAUCGAUCCCAACCCGGCAUUCUGCUAAUCCAUCUCAAGCAAAAAACACUGAAUAUUAUCUAAGCUUAUCACCUACCUAGCUACCCCUUCAUUUCAUCAUUUCUUCAAUCUGUCCAAAUGGGGGAGGAAGAGAAGAAGCAGCCGGAAGAAGUGAAGAAACCGGAGGAGAAGAGAGACGAGCCUCCUCCGGUGGCCGCUGGUGGAGAUGUCGGCAACGAUAAGAAAACGGAUGCGGCGGCGGAGGAUUCCAAAGACCCGCCGCCGCCGCCGCCGCCACAGGAAAUUGUUCUGAAGGUCUUCAUGCAUUGCGAGGGGUGUGCCCGCAAAGUUCGCCGCUGCCUUAAAGGCUUUGAUGGAGUGGAAGAUGUGGUGACCGAUUGCAAGACCCAUACGGUGGUGGUGAGAGGAGAAAAGGCAGAUCCAAUCAAAGUGUUGGGGAGAGUGCAAAAGAAGAGCCACAGGCAAGUUGAGCUUAUCUCACCCAUUCCGCCGCCGCCUCCGGCAGAGGAGCCCAAAAAGCCGCCGGAGGAAGCCGAUCCGCCCGAGGAGAAAAAACAGGAGCCACAGGUGAUCACUGUGGUUCUGAAAGUUCACAUGCACUGUGAGGCAUGUGCACAAGAAAUCAAAAGGAGGAUCCAGAGGAUGAAAGGUUUUAGGCGUGGAAAAUGCAGAACCGGACUUUGCAGCGUCACUGGUGACAGUAAAGGGCGUGUUUGAGUCACCUAACAGCCUAGUGUCUUAUAUAGCAAAGAGGACAGGAAAAAAGGCGGUGGUUGUGAAGGUGGAGCCGGAGAAGGCGGAGGCUGCCGCGGGGGCGACCGAGGAAACCUCGAAAGAAGAUAAGGUGGUCGGGGAAGGCGGUGGCGAGAAGGGAGAGAAGAAAGGGGACGACAUCGAAAAGAAGGGAGAGGAGGAGAAGGCCGCGGCUGCCGAGGCGGUGGAGGGGGUGCCGGUGGGCAUUCAAGAUCAAGAGUACCCAAAGCUAGAGAUGAGGAAGAAUGAGAUGUUGUACUACUACUACCCUCCACCACCAAACUACUACCACCAGCAGCCGCCUCCUCCGUUCAGGUUUGCUCAUCAUCAUGAAAUGUAUGGGUACGGUGAGGCCUAUGAACAGCCACCGCCACCGCCGCCGCCGGAAAUGUUCAGCGAUGAGAAUCCUAAUGCAUGUGCGGUGAUGUGAGUGGUCAUGAUCAGCACGUACGAGGAACAUGCAUGGAUGGAUGGAGGUCAAAUCAUGAGUGAUGUGUGAGGAGGCCGCACGUGGUAUGAUCUGCAUGGACAUGGGCCAUUGUCUGCUCAUGUGCCCUUGUCUCCCCCUCUAAUUAAACUCUUUUAUUUCUUCAUUCCCCUUUUUUCGUGUUUAUUACUAGCAAUAAUAUGUAUAAUGCUUGUUCCAUAUAUAUAGUCCUAGCUAGAUAAUAAUUAAAAUAAUAUUAUACCCCUCAUUUACUCAAUUAUUUUACUAAAUAAGCUAAGAAUCCUUGAUCAUGUUGUAAUGUUAUUAUCAUGAACCAUACGCCUUGGUGAAUAUAGAAUUUGGUUCAAUCACACUGAUCGAAUGGCGGAAUAUUUAUGCUGAUUUUAUGGCAGAAAAAUAUGCCCACAUUUAUGUUUUACUUUGGUAUGGGUAUAAUAGGUAUAUAGGGUAUACUUUAGUCCUAUCUUGAGAAGAUGAAUAACAUAGUCCUAUUUGUGCAUUUUGGAAUUA